AUGUACUAUGAUCUUGAUGAUCCUGAUACGAACGCACAUCAAGUCACUUCUCGGAUUGAUUAAGCCUGGACUCUCGUUUGCAUGUUGAUGUCACCAAAUAACUCAAUGACAAUCUCGUAUUCCGGCCUUGGAAAUUAUGUGACAAGGAAAUAUUUUCAGUUUUCGUUGCGCUGUUGAUAACUCCUUAGACAUAAUUAAACUUUGAUGCAACAUACAUAUUUAUGGUUCGAUACAGGAGGAUAUUUGCUUUCUUGCCGAUUGUUCAGUGAUUUCGAGCUAGGAUAAUUUUCAAAAAGCUGCAAAUUGAAUAUUAAAUUAAUGACAAAAGCAUAAUAUCUUCACAAAUUUUGCAACAUCAUCGUACUAAGGCUUUUAACUUUAAAAGUUUGGGGAGGAAACUACGUAAUUCCGGUUCCUUUAUUUAAGUACAAACUCUAGUUCCUUUGAGGAACAUAAACCUCUCCGACCAGUUGCGGCUUCUGUGUAACAACUGAACGCUAAGUGUCCUAAGUACAGAGUAAAUAUACCGAAGUUGUCUUCUAAAGGGUAAGUUUCACUUGGACUCUUGAUAAAAAGCCUUACUGAAAGCUAGAAAAACUAUUUGUUUUCUUUUGCGACUACUAGUUAAGUAAGAAUUCAGUGGACUGUUGUUUUCAUUCAAAAUAUUUCUUUAUCACGAACCUCAUUAAUUGGCUGACCAUUCACUAAAAAUCGUAGUUUUACCAACUUUGUCAAAAAUUCCAGUCUAAUGCUGUUAUUUGACAUCAAAUUUCCCGUUUUAUGCAGUUAGAUCCUGUUAGUUAACAUCAAUUUUCAGUUUUUUCUCGUAUUUUCAAUCACUCUUUCGUCUCCCGUCCUUCCUCUUCCAGUUAACAUGACAAAACGCCUUGUUAAAACCGGAAGAAAGAGAGUCAAAUUGCUCUAGCCAAUAUCUUUCUCUUGUCUCGUUCAUUCUUAUCAUACAGUUUGAUCAUAAAGGUUUCCUCGAAAUGUCUUGGGAUAGCUACAUUGAUAACAUCAUCGCACAAAGUAAAGAUUCUUCUGGCAAGGCACAUAUUGACAGAGCCUGUAUCAUUGGGUUGGACGGCGGAGCCCCUUGGACUACACCUAGCAAUCCAAAUGUAUUAAAAGUAAGGUUGUUCGUCGGCUCAAAUACAUAUGAACUGUUUAAAAUGUUCAAAGACAGACACGUGUUAUGAUUGGUCGAAAUAUGUUCAUUACUUCAUCAAAAAUGCACGCGCUUUUCAUCACCUGCGUCAAGUUUUAAACAUGAGGUCGCCCCUUUCUGUAUUAGAUAAUGACGACAUUUAUGUCACAUACACUGUUCUUCCUUGUCGAGAUUUCAUGAAUUUAAAUGAGUUCGAUGGUAUCCAUAGGCAACCAUUGACCAAUCAUUGCUUAAAUUGGAUACUUAUACGAUCCGAGAAAUCUUCACCUGAAAGCUUGUACCCAUUCUCCCUAUGCUGUAGAUUUUGGAGUUGGUGAAUUAGGUUUUACAGUCACGAAACCCGGAUAUAACCAAGUAGCAAGGGACUGACAAAAAUCGUUCGUUAUGACGGGGGUAAUCCUGAUCCAGCCCCAUAUAUUUCACUUUCAUUGGGGAAAGGGAAUGUCAUUCGUUAUGCCGUUUCGUUAUAUGCCGGUUUGUUAUAUUGGAGUUACGUUUUACUGUAGUUGAGUAAUUAUUAGGAAGCUAUAGCAAAGACACUUUAGAGCGACGCACGUCAGCCGGAAGUGUGUCUCCCUCGCAGCCGUUUUUUGGAUGUCACGCAAUGCUCCCCAUACGGCUGCGAGGGAGACUAGCCGAAAGUGAACUUUUCGCAUUCUUGGGCAACCGUUAUCCCCAAAUUUUCACGAGACACCGUUGGCAAUACUCAUUUGGAAGCGUCAAGGUAUAUAAAAAGCGAAAAUGCCUCACUUCCGGUUGACGUACGUCGCUUAAAACGUCUAAUAAGUAACUUUAGUUUGUGGUCCCAGACGUUCCUAGUGUCUUUGUUUAACCUCCUUAUUGUCUCUUUCUGUUCUCUCCAGUUACAGGGAAAUGAGGCAAGUAACAUAGCCAGGUGCUUUAAGAGCAAAGAUUUUAUGCCAUUUAUGACUGAUGGUGUUUACGUGGAAGGAACUAGAUAUCAGUUCCUGCGGGUGCUAGACGACAAGUUCGUACUUGCCAAGAAAAAAGAAAGCGGAGCAUUGUGCAUACAAGCAACUAUGACAGCGGUUGUCAUCGGUCACUGUCCUGAGGGUGGCCAACAAGGAAAUACAAACAAGGCAGUUGGAAUAAUCGGAGACUACUUAGAAUCCCAGAAUAUGUGA